UGAAAAGGGUCCUUCUCAUUUGUGUGAGUCAUGCUUUUGCUGUGAGCGAGUUGGCAGCUCUAAGCAGGACUGGGAUCUCUGUCAUAGAAAACUAUUACUUCACCCAACCUUAAUGUAGAACCAUAAGAAAUAUAUUUUAAAGCAUUUACUCUUUGUUAUACUCUCUUCUUUUUUUUUAAAUCAAAAUUUUAUUUCCCGUCCUGGUUAUUAUGAAUCGUCUGCUAUGUUAGCACAGGCAUCUUCUGCGUUGGCAUCAGAUUUGCCAGAACGUAUGCAGGAAACCAGAUAGAAGGGCAUGCUUCAACGUACCAAGUAUAACCGCUUCAGGAAUGAUUCGGUGACAUCAGUUGAUGAUCUUAUUCACAAUUUGUCCAUGAACAGCAAGGUCUCAGCAGUUGCUACGACUUCAACACCACCUUCAUACCUGGUCUCACCUGAGGUUCUCCACAAGGACCAAGAAGAUGGACCCACCACCCUUUGCACCCUCAUCCAUAAAGUGUCCCACUUGAAACUGUCCAACACAGGCAGCCUUUUGGGCAUAAAAAACCUCUCCUCUGCAGUGAAGGAGCUUGCUGUCUCCAAGUUGCAGGGAAGCUCGAGUGCUUCCAGCUCAGCAGCAGGGGCUUCAGACAACACAUGUAACCUUGUCUCUGCCACUUCGUGUUCUCAGCAGGACGUGAGCAAGAUGAGUACAGGGAAAAAAACACGGUUAGAGGAAAUGCACCUGGGAGGUGAAGACUGGAAUCAAAAUAGCAGCUUUGUCAAUAAACCCUCUCGAGGGUGGCUGCACUCGAACGAAAAGAUCUUGGGACCUGGUGUGACGUACAUUGUGAAGUACUUGGGGUGCAUAGAGGUCUUACGCUCAAUGAGAUCUCUUGACUUCAGUACAAGAACACAGAUUACAAGGGAAGCAAUCAGCCGUGUUUGUGAAGCAGUGCCUGGUGCCAAAGGAGCCUUCAAAAAACGAAAGCCACCAAGCAAAGCUCUCUCUAGCAUCUUGGGCAAGAGCAACCUUCAGUUUGCAGGGAUGAGCAUCACUCUGAAUAUCUCUACCACCAGCUUAAAUCUGAUGACACCUGAUUCAAAACAGAUCAUAGCCAAUCAUCAUAUGCAGUCUAUUUCUUUUGCAUCUGGAGGUGAUCCGGAUACGACAGACUAUGUUGCAUAUGUAGCUAAAGACCCUGUUAACCGCAGAGCUUGCCAUAUACUGGAGUGCUGUGAUGGCCUUGCUCAGGAUGUCAUCAGCACCAUAGGGCAAGCAUUUGAACUUCGAUUUAAGCAAUAUUUACGCUGUCCCAGUAAUAUACCUGCUCUCCAGGACAGGAUGCAGAGUUUUGAUGAACCUUGGAUGGAGGAAGAGGGGGAAGCAAUGGAACAUCCUUAUUACAACAGCAUUCCUAAUAAAAUGCCCCCUACUGGGGGUUUUAUUGAUGCCAGACUCAAAUCCAGGCUUCCUAAUGUGGCAGACACUGCUCAGUCUGCCACAGCUGCAGGAAGAGAACAAAUGUACUACCAGAGUCGACACUUAGGAGACAAAUUCAGUGAAGGCUGGCCUCAUGCACCUCUUAAACAAGGGUCCCUAGACAUUUACGGUGUGCCAGAAGGGAAAUCCCAUUUCACCCCUGCAGGAGAGGUACCAACUUAUGUGAACACCCAGCAUAUAAAUGUGGAAGCUCUGCUGGCGCUUCAGUCCGAUGCUGAAAGCAUGUUCAAUGCCACAACAGACUGUACCAAAGAGAGCAGUCCAAGAAAAGAUCUGUUUGAUAUGAAACCGUUUGAAGAUGCAUUGAAGAAUCAAACUACUGGGCCUGUGUUGAAUAAGGCAACUUCAGUUGAAUGUACCAGUCCUCUUUUAUCCAGAGCAGCUCACUGGACUAUGAUGGAAGACCUAAGUACAGAACCUUGGUAUCAAGGAGAGAUGAGCAGGAAAGAAGCAGAAAAGUUGUUAAAGAACUGUGGAGACUUCUUGGUCAGAAAAAGCACUACAAAUCCAGGUUCCUAUGUGCUGACUGGUAUGCAUAACGGACAAGCCAAGCAUCUUCUUUUAGUGGAUCCAGAAGGAACUGUUCGUACUAAAGACCGUAUAUUUGACAGCAUAAGUCAUCUCAUCAACCAUCAUCUUGAGAACAACUUGCCAAUAGUCUCCGCUGGGAGUGAGCUCUGCCUCCAGCAACCAGUUGAGAGGAAGCAAUGAUGCGUUAUGACACUUUCAGCUUUUGUACCCUGUAAGCUAUAACCAGUGGAUACUGCAACCAUGUACAUUAAAAAUGCAUACAUAAAUAUAUAUAUGUAUAUCUCACCAGUAUGUUCCCUUUAGGUUUAAGAAACGCCAUUCCAUAUGGUACCACAUGAAAAUUCUUACUGCUCUACUCAGACAUGAAGUCUGAUUGAAAACACAGACAGAAGGCUUUCUUAAAAUGUAAUUUCAAUAAAAUUGUUCCGAUUCCUUAAUGUGAAUAUUGAUAGUGUACAUACAUGCAUUAUAUAUAAAUACAGUAUAUAUUUAUAUUUUUCAAGUCAGUCUGUUGAAGGUAUGGAACAAAUGUUCUGUGCCAAGUGUUUUUAAUUGGAAAAGAUGCCAAUUGUGAUUGUUCAGAUAAAAAUAGAAUUCAAUGAUCUCAUUUCCUUGAGAAAUCUAAUAUUGGAAGUCAUAUUUGUAGUUUUAUCUAAUAAGCACAAUUAUGGGGAGAAAACAAGUGGAUUACAUUGAUUAAAUACCAGAAGAGGGGACUGAAUUCAGAGCUAGUAUUCCAACAUGGAAAUUUAGUGUGAAACAGUUUUUAAAAGCAUUAGUUAGUGUCACUGAUUUCAAAAGCAUUUUAUCUUUCUGAUGUUGUUUCAAUUCUUAUAUGAUGCUACUCAAAAUGUUUGUAACUUACUUUGACAAUGACUUAGUGUGAUCUCUGUGUGUUUGAGAUGUAUGCAUUUAAUUUUUCUAACUAAUAUAACACUAUUCUGCAGCUUUUAUUUAUUAAAUCUAAUUAAAUCAAAUUAAAUUAUUUACAAGUAGUUCACUUGUUGUGAUAAAAAAAAAAAUUGUGCAGUGACUGCCAGUCACUUGUGAGAUGUUAUAUAUAGAUUAAGUGGGUUCCAAUUGCUUGUUUUUUUAAUGUGUUUAGUGAAAGAUGCACGCAGCUGGUCAGAGACACAGUUGAAAUUUUUAAAAAUAGAAUAAUCACAAAAUAUCAAACCUUAGAAUGUUAAUCCAUGUAAAAGACCCAACUUUGAUUUACUUAAUUUUUAGGUGCCUCUAUCUGAGAUGCAGUUUAAAGUUGGCCUUUAGAAAAUGAUAUUUUUAAUAAAUGUAUUGGUUGUUUUUAAUGUCCACUUUGGAAAAAUACAUGCGUAUUGGUGAUGCAUUUUUGGCAAAUAGUUCAGUAUCUCUUGGUAUUGAGAUAUGUACAAUGAAAAGCCAGCUAACACAAACAUGCACACACGCACGCACACACACACACACACACACACACACACUCACACACAGAGUAAAUCCAUGAAUUAUUUUUGCUUUUUGGAGAGGACCUUAGCUUUUGCUUCUGACUUAAGGAGAGCUAAUUUUAGUUCUCAAAGGGCGCAUCUACACAAGACACUUACUGUGCAUUGGCCUAAUAACGCUGUGCAGUAGCGUGUCAUGGCAAAAACUGUGCUAAUAGCCUACUGUGCAGUGUUAUUAGGCUAACGCGCAGUAAGCGUCACUAAAUAACCAUGUGCCUGCGCUACUGUGCAGUAACUUUAGGUACCUCUGUUUUGCUUUUUUGAGUGUGGUUGUCUUGUGGAAGAAGACUCAGAAACAAGGCAAUCUAGGGCCCUCAGUACAGCCUGCGUAGAGCAUCCCAUGACCCUGUCCAGUGGCAAAGACCUGCCACUGUACACCCUAGCAGAACAUGCCUUGUCACACGUUCACUCGCAACAGUUGCAAAUCAUUGGAUUGUAGUGACCCGGUUAAAGUUUGUAGGUGUUAGGAGAUUACUUUUGCCUGAAAGGGAUACAACUUUGUAAUGUCACAAGGGUUCUUAACAGGAGCUAAACUGCUUGAAUGUGUGUUUGCUUGCAUUUUAAAUGCACUAACUUAGCAAGUGUUAAGUUGGACAUGUGACACCACACUCUCUCCAACAGGCCAUGCCUCUCAGACCUAUUAUUCUAGACUAUCUGCAUGUUCAGACCAGUACUGUUUACAUUGAGGUCAUGUUUUAUGCUUUUUUUCUUUUUUUUUUUUUUUGCUAACCUCCCCUCCCCCAAAAGUUGAAAAUGUGACCUCAUUGUAUCUUUUUAUGAGGCCCUAGGCAUGACCUGGUACAGCCUAUGCCUUCUGCCUGUGGUUCCAUUUUUAUUGUCUUUCAGUAAAGGAAUGUCGUAUUUUUGCCGUUGAUUUGUGAUACAAAUUCUCCUGUCAGAAAGUAGGAUUUCAUAACAAACAAUGUUUUGUUUUGUUUGAACAAUCUGGGCCUAAAAGGAGUGAUGGGAGAUGAGUGCAUGAAUAAAUGCAUUUCAAAUGUAUUGAAAUAAAUUUGUAAAAAAAAAAAAGAAUGUUUCUGA